AUGGCUACCAAUACUUCGCCAGUUCCUCAAUGGAAAGAAUUGAUCACGCAGACGACCGUGGCCCACCGCACCAAAGAAGAGGGGUCUGUUUUGUAUUACGUUCUCAGCACCGUGAACCUUGGACCCUCUAUUCGUCCACAAGCCCGCUAUGUUGUCCAUCGCGGCUUUGUCAAUGAGCAGCGCUCCAAGACGACUGAGUCUGGCGUCGAGCCGGCCCAGGCAGAUUACGGGAUGAACACAUGCUUGCUCACCACCACGGACAUCCGUUCGCCAAAGGCCCAGCAGAUCCUCAAGCAGCAACAGCAGGAAGGCGAGGCACAUGUUGAAAUUGCUUGGUGGAUGGAGAAGGCACAGCUACAGUUCCGACUCGCUUGCACCGCCCACCUUCUCCCUCACGCUGACAAUGAGCAUUAUAUGGGCUUUGAUGGUAGCAAGCUGGUGCCACCUCCUGCCUCGCUAUCGUCCAAGCGACCCACGUCCUUCGACUGGGCUUUUGAACGCAGCCGAAUCUUUGAAAAAAUGAGCCUCGGCUUGCUCGCUUCCUUUGCCCGACCCACGCCAGGCAGCGAGCAUCCAAACGGCAACGAGAUCGAUGCCGAAGGCGCUGGGAAGGACCACGAAGAUGGAUUGAAUGACAAAGCGAACCCAUGGCCUAUGGAGUUGCCCAAACCCGGAGAUGCGGAAACGAAAGCUGACCAGGAUGCACUGGCUCUGUCGGACAAAAACUUUGCAUUGGUAGUGCUUGCGCCUUACAAAGUCGACGUGUUGGAUCUUGUUCGAUCGAAGCGUAGCGUCUUUGAGCUCCAGGGCGGACGCAGCGGAGGAAACGAGCACUGGACGGCAAAGAGAGUGGUUCCAUAG